AUGCUACAGGAUCGGCUAUUCUUCGCCAAUCAUAAGUUGGAUGCAGUUUCUAAAAACCGUGUUCGAGCGUUUGGACAUGUUCAGAUUUGUGGAGUGCUUCACAUCUGCUGGCAAACAUCUAAUGUGGUGAAAGGGGAGUAUUUAAUCUGCUUACUCUACCACAACGUGUUAUGUCUGGCCUCAGCUGGACAGUUUGAACUUGUGUAUGGCAUUCGUGCAUGUAUUGAUUUGACAAAAGCGAGACUGGAAGAAGCCGAAAGCGACCGAGGACUACAAUGUUAUUCGACACCAUUCUCUUGGAAAUUAGUUUUUGAAUGCGACAAUCAGCUAUAUGAGAUUAUAAUGACGGCUUGCAGUGCUAAGGAAGAAGAGACGUGGCGGACGCAGCUCUCCCGAUUAGCCACUGACGGGAAACCACCUGAGAGCAGCGGCGGAGACAUUGUUCCGUCUCUAGACUUGGACAUCAAGAGUAUAGGAUCGAUUUUUGGAAAACCAGGAAGUAUGGCUCGGAAUAUAUCGACCUGUCAGAUGCGAUCGAACGAAGGCAGGCUAUCAUCACUUCACGUUAUGUUGAAAAAUACGAACGCUCUGGGCGAACACAUAAAUAGCCCAACAGUAACAAGCCGUAUCCAUCGUACGAGGUCUGUGUUGACAAAUGGACAAAUUACCGUUCUCAACCCAGCUCGGAGCGAACGAGCACGAUUGGAAAAUCUCGUUCGCGAUGUUUGGUCAAAAGAUUCUUUGCCAUUUCCCGGCAUGAUUAUGCGCUCAAAAUCCGAGAGUUUGGUACGAACAUCGGCUUCAUCAGUUAUGAGGAAAUUAAGCGUUGCAAGCAUUGCUAGCUCUCUCAGCAAGAGAUCUAAUAGUACAAAGCAACGAUCCAGAUCAACCGGGUACGUUGGCCCCGACUCAUUCAGCGUCGACCCGCCUGAACUGGAAACCAUUCAAUCGAACCCUAAGAAGAGUGAGGAAGAUGGACGGAACAUCAAGAGACGUCGCACUGGAUUAGAAGGAGAGUUGAUAGUCUGCGACAAAUCCAAACGACACGCUUCGUUUCAUGAAGUGACCAUGCUGUCUGACGAGGCUAGCAAGGAGGAGGGCUUAACGAAUAAAAAGCCAACAAACUCAUCGUGGUCAUAUACCAGUAGAAGUCUCAAUCUAUCCCGACGAAUGAAGCACCGCAGCACUCGUAGUCACGACUAUAAUGGGGCGAAGCCGGCACUGGAGGGAACGCAAAGGGGAGUACCAAUUAACGCCGUGCCAUCUGGUGAUGGAAGGCGAGCAACGAGUUCUCACAGUUUACGUGGGUUGUUCUGGUAG